AGAUCAAGAGAGAGAACGUCAGAGUCUCAGACAGGUAUUUUAUGCAAGGGAUAUGCAGGGAAGGAAGUAGGUGCCUAUUUUCACAUGACUUAUCCACAAGCAAACCAUCUACUAUCUGCAAAUUCUAUCAGAAAGGACAAUGUGCCUAUGGUGCUCGCUGCAGAUACGAUCAUGUUAGACCUUCAUCGUCAGGUGGCGUGGCGCCUACAAGGACACUCUACUCUGCUGCACCAGCAUUGCAGAGUCUUGACUCUCAGUCAGAGCGAAACGCGCCCAUAACCAAAAGUAAAGUACAUGAGUCUGGAAAACGUGAAAAGAAAACAAUAGUGCUCAGGGACAGGGACUUAUGUGGCUCAGGAGAAGAAAAGUCGAGAUCUAACACUGAGAGUGACUUGGCAUGUUGCAGUCUCCAAAGUGAUAUUCCAGAAACAAAGCCCCAUUCAUAUUUGGAAGCAAUCCGCUGUGGGCUUGAAGAGGAAGACUCUGACCCUGGAAGUUUGUAUACUGAUGGUGAACAGCUGUGUCCUUAUGCGGCAGCUGGCACAUGCCAGUUUGGUGACCGAUGUCUCUAUCUCCAUGGGCAAUUAUGUGAAAUCUGUGGGUUGCAUGUGCUUCACCCUUUUGACCCAGAACAGAGGAAGACUCAUGAGAAGAUGUGCAUGGCUACCUUUGAACAUGAGAUGGAGAAAGCCUUUGCCUUUCAGGCAAGUCAGGACAAGGUAUGCAAUAUCUGUAUGGAGGUGGUUUACGAGAAGCCAUCAGCAUCAGAGAGGAGAUUUGGAAUCCUUUCUAACUGCAAUCACACAUACUGUUUGUCCUGUAUCCGGCAAUGGAGGUGUGUCAAGCAGUUUGAGAAUCCUAUUAUAAAGUCCUGCCCAGAGUGUCGUGUGAUAUCUGAAUUUGUUAUUCCCAGUGUGUAUUGGGUAGAAGACCAGACCAAAAAGAAUGAGCUGAUUGAAGCAUUUAAACAGGGUGUGGGGAAAAAGGCCUGCAAGUACUUUGACCAGGGUAAGGGAACCUGCCCAUUUGGGGGAAAAUGUUUGUACCUCCAUGCCUAUCCUGACGGAAGAAGGGCUGAACCUGAGAAACCACGGAAACAGCUUAGCUCUGAGGGGACUGUACGGUUCCUCAACUCUGUUCGACUCUGGGAUUUUAUCGAGGAUCGAGAAACUAGAACAUUGCCAGUUACUGAGGAUGUGACUGAACUUGGAGAGCUUUUCAUGCAUCUCUCCGGAACAGAUGCUGAAUCUUCUGCUCCUCCCUGAAACACAAGAUCUCUACUAUGUUGUCUCCUAUAUCAGUCUUUCUGUUCCUUAGAUAGCUUUGUACCAUUUACCACAAUAUUAGAAUUACUGUGCCAUGGGGCUUAUUAAGGUCCUGGUGAAAUUCUAGUACAACACUGUUGUUGUAGAGCAAAUCUGUUUAAGUCCAAUAAAAGUGAGUGCUUUGGAUACAAUGGUAGAUGUAAUCAAAUAUGAAAAGAGAGUUCCACUAACUUGGGACGGGACGUAUUCCUGUUACUAAUGAUGGCCAACCACCUCAGUGCUGGAACACAUGUUUAUAAAUAUACCCAGGUGAAGAUUGGGGGUUGGGAAAAAUUGGGGACAGUGGACACUUUACAAAUAAUUUUCAGUCAGGCAUUAAAGGAUCCAGCUCAAAACUGCCUGAACUUUUAAAGCAAGGAAUGUUGGCUUCUACAUGCCUCAGUGUGACAUUUUUUCAAUAAAAAACAAAUGCUACUUUCAGACUUCAUUCAGGUACAGACAAGUAAUACAAGUAACAAUAGGACAUUUAAUUUAUUCUGAAGCGCAUAUUAUGAGCUUGUCCUCACUGCUGUUUGGUCUCACAUUAAACAUUAUUCAAAUUAAAACUUACAUGAUCUAGUUCUGAUCAAACUUUGUGAUAGUUCAUACAACCAAAUGGGGGUAGGCUACUAAACAUGUUUGCUUAGUAUACUUGAAAAACACUCAAUAGUUUAAUACUGCACUGCCCAAGAAAUAAGCUGUCAGUUGUUACAGUUGUCUAGAAUGGCAAUUUAGAUACAGCAUUUUGUCUUUAUCUAUAC